UGGCGGAGUGUCGCUCUCAGUGCCAGUGAGACAGGUCGUGUUUCUCGUUCCUCUACCUUUGUGUGUCUUGAUUAUCCAACUUGGCAGUGCCAGUGUUUUAUUUAACUCAUCGCCGUGACCUAUCGCAUCUCCUACGUGCUGUGACGUCGCCUGUGACAGCCAAAGAUCAUCCCUAAGAGACGAGAGCGAAAGCAAGAUACUGUGAUGGCUGUUGGUGGAUAGACUAGACCCGCCGGCAGGGCGACCUGCAAAACCCACGCCCACUUAGUGUAUACCCACCUUCCUCCUGACGCCCCCAGUCUCCCUACCAAGUGUUGUGCUCAGAACCCAUGAUCCAAAGUUCCGUGUUCUCAAAGUGAAGCAGAAAAAUGAAUAGUGAUUUAUAGUGAAUUAUAUGUGUUUGGAACCGACGAAGCCCGUGAGAAAGUGUCGCGUUGUGCCAGGCUCUCGAGGCCUCGUGUGAGUGACCGGUGGUUGUGAAUGUUGGUUGUGCACGGGCGCGAGGGGAGCACACGGGCGGGGCAGUGUUAUAACCGCCCACGGGUGGAGUGCGAGGAGGCGUGCGUGACGGGUCGUGGGCGCGAGAGGUUGCUUUUCUCGAGGCCCUAGCUAUGCUCUCUGCGCCCGCCCCUUGAGCAGGCAUGGGUGGGUCACCAGCUGUGCUCCUGCUUACAUGAUGGGUAUAUUGGGCGUGUGAGAAAUUGGGCUGACGCGGGCGUGAGGGCCCCGUGGUGUGGGUGGGCAUGGCUCGGCGGGGCGGCGACGCGGCCAAGCAGGUGGUGGUGUCUGUGGUGGGCGUGUCGGGCGGCGAGAGGGAGAAGGGCGUGACGGGCCUGGGCAAGUCGUGCUUGUGCAACCGCUUCACCAAGCACCAGGCUGACCAGUACUAUGUGGACCACAUCUCCGUUCUCUCGCAGACGGACUUCAGUGGUCGUGUGGUGAACAAUGACCACUUCUUGUACUGGGGUGAAGUGACACGCACGGCUGACGAUGGCAUCGAAUUCAGCUUCCAGGUCAUUGAACAAACAGAGUUCAUUGAUGAUGCGUCGUUCAUGCCUUUUAAAGCUGGGAAAAUGGACCCAUACAUCAAGAGAUGUUGUGCUACAAAGAUACAGUCAGCAGAGAAACUUAUGUACAUUUGCAAGAACCAGCUAGGCAUAGAGAAGGAAUAUGAACAGAGAGUUUUGCCUGAUGGCAAGCUCAAUGUAGAUGGGUUCCUUUGUGUGUUUGAUGUCUCCCAGGUUCCUAAUCGCUCUUUAGAGCGGCAAGUAGAGAUGACUGCAAGUAUUUUAAACAACUGUCUCAAGACUAAAAGACCAGUUGUUCUCGUUACCACAAAAAAUGACGAGGCUAAUGAGGUGUAUGUGAAAGAGGCAGAAAAGCUAGCAAGCAGGAAAGAAUUUAAGGGUAAUAUCCCUCUUGUAGAAACUUCAUCACAUGAAAAUGUCAAUGUAGACACUGCGUUUAUGACAUUAGCACAUUUGGUAGACAGAAAUCGAGGACGAAUUCGUAUUGUUCCCUUCUAUGAGGCAGCCAGACAUAGAAAGGAAAUUCUAGAUUUGGCGACAGAUGCCUUCCAAAGAUUAGUGCGCACUCAUGUUCUGGACUACCGGUCUGUAUGGGCCUCAACUAGUAAAAAACUUGCUCAAAGCCCUGAUUUUGUACACUAUGUGGACCUCUUUGGUAUGGACCAAGCGGCCAAACUGUUCCGUCGACACGUCAAGAAGCUCAAAGACGAAUACCUCCAGAGAAAAGUGGAGGCGUACAUGGACAUGCUGCCAUCCAUCCUGCGAGAAUUCUUCCCAGAUCUGCAAAGUUUGGAGGACGGGGAUUGGUUAAGUAUACAGCAGAGGAUAAGUGAACAUCCGGACUUUGACCGCUAUUUCCUCCGCUGCAACAAAGAUAUACCUUGGUCGGAAAACACUGACCUUUUAGAUUCAGCUGACACGCGUAUUCCCUUCGAUGUUCUCGACUCCAAUGAAGCAGAGACGGUGUUCAAGAAUCAUGUCAAUGCACUACAAGCAGAGUUAGAGAUGAGAGAGUUACCCAGAAGGAUGCGAGACAAAUUCAAGAUUCUUCUGAUGGAGACUGGAUAUGUUACGCCAGGCAAGAGGCUUGAUGAAGUGCGUGUCCUGUUUAUGGGUAGAGAAAGCUUUGACUCCCUAUCAGAACACGAUAGACAAUUUAUUUAUGAACAACACCAAAAGGACAUUACUGAAAAAGCAAGACAAAAUUUCCAUGAGUUGUUAUUAGAGCAGGCUGAACUUUUUUACCAUGUGAAGAGUCUUGCACCCACGGGCACUAUUACUCAAGAAGACAUUCGUGAAAUUACUCAAACAUUACAAGAAGACAGCAGAUACAAAGCUUUAGACAGGUUAGAGAGUGAGAGAACUUUACUGCUACUCCAACAUCUAGGUUUUGUCCAUUGUCCGAAAAAAGAACAUUGUCCAUCCUUCCCGAACUGUAUGGACUGCCUCAUUGAGAAGAUUAUUGCCAACAAAGCUGCCAGUCGUCCAGGUUCAGGUACAUGGAGUGGGAAAGAAUCUGGAUUAUGGAGUACAAUGGAUUCUCAAGUGAAUUUGGUUCUUCUUGGCAACCACGGCCUAGCUGAAGAUCUACAGAACGUUAUUCGGUCUGUUUGUGAAGAUGAUGAAUUUGAACUCGACAAUCAGAUCUUCUCCUUAGACUACCGCAGCAUAGAUGGGGAUGUUUCACUGCCACAAAACUCCUUCAAGACCCCAGAAUUCUCUCCACAUGGUGUUGUAUGUGCAUACAGCAAUGAGGCAUCAUUGGAAUAUGUUAGAGAAUCAUUAGAAAAGUCACUCUUAACACAACUGGAAAGUGAGGAAUCCACUCCAACCCCUCCCAUCACCGUCCUAUUUGCUCCUGACCCGGACCUGGACCAUAAUGCAGCACAGCACCUGCAUGAUGAGGGAGCAAAGUUGGCUGACAGUCCCCCUGGCAGCUUGCAAUGCACUUUCCUGGACGUUGGUCUGAGUGUUGGGGGCGGCGAAGGGCGGAGGUUCGACAGCAGUUUGGUCACGAAGGCGCUGCGCUCCUUAAUCACCAGUAUACAGCAUCGCAAUCACUCCCUCAAUAUCUUCAAUUCUGCAACAUUACCCAGAGAUUCACAGCCAGAUAUCAGAAUCAUAAUGUGUAUGUUAUGUGGAGACCCUUACUCAGUGGAGAAUGUGUUGAGCCCACUACUAAGUCACCAGUGGUGUAUUGUAACUGGCGAACAAUCCAUCUCACUACAAACAUUCCUAGAUGACUGCAAGCGUCGUGUGGAGGUAAUAGUGUCGUCCUACCAUGGUGCCAAUGCUUUCCGCGAAGAGUUGGUUCAUGGUUUCAUCCUUGUGUACUCCACCAAGCGCAAGGCUUCACUAGCUACACUCAGGGCAUUUUCUGCAAACAUUCCCAAUCUUCCUAUCCAGAUUCUGGCAAUGACGGACACGAGCAGUGCAUCUGCAUUUUUUGGAUCUGAUAUUUCACAACAGCUGAUUACUGAGGGUAAUGCCAUAGCUGACAGACUACAGGCACAUUUUAUGACAUCUACUGCAACUUGUCAGCAAAAGACUGCUUUCUACACACCAUUCUUUAAGGAGGUGUGGGACAAGAAACCAGAAAUUGAGCAGGCCUUCAACAUGGAGGAUCCCUCUGGCCUCGAUGACUCUGGGGAAGGCACACUGGAGCGCCCACCCCAUCAUCACCACAGGAGCAUCACGCUGCCGCCACCAAGACGAAGCCUCCCACCCAGAUCCCAGUCUGCGGAAGGUUCAGAGAUCUACGAGACUGUGCCAACAGAUGUUUCUUUAGGGGAUGACCUGGAUGAGCCUCUUUCACCAGUAUUCCCAGAUGACCAGCCUCUCACACCUUCGGACGACUCGGACAUCUAUUCCCACAUUGAUAACGACGAAGAGGAACACCUCAUGAAACCCUCGCAACUCAAGAAGCAUCAGAGAUUUCAGCAAGAAUUAUUCCGUCAAUCAUAUCCGAGCACAGAAUCUCUGCCCACAACUGUGUCUUCCCGCUCCAAGGUUUCCACCCAACCCUCUGACCUGGAGCCCACGUACCCUCCCUUGCCACCAUACCCACCCCUACCUCCUUCGGCAUCUCCACCACCUUAUAGUUAUGUCACACGUGACCACUCCUUCGACGGUGGGAGUGGGGGACAGUACAACCAACGGGAUGGGGCUGCAUCCCCAUCCCAGCGUGACCGUCCCCCUCCCCCAUAUUCUUUUGCUCCACGCACCUUACCCCAUGACAUGAAUAAACCCCAGCCCGCCCCUAGACACCAGUUCUUUAAGGCAGAGAGUUUGACGCUAGACCAUGGGGCCUCUGACCGAGACUACCUCAUGAUACGAGAACGUGUGGACAGGGGUGAAUAUCCUCUUUUGCUCUCUUACACUAUGGCACACUUUAUUAUUUUGGCUUGUCACUAUAAAACAGUUAUUUUGUGCUGUAAAAGUGUAGACAAUCUUUGUUUUCUUAAGUUUGGAAUAUCUAACAAAUUCUGUUUAAGCAGUGAAGAGCAAAAACAUCAGGACAUCAUGGGCAAUAUUGUUGCUAAGAAUAUCUGUUGCAUGAAGAAGGUCUUGGCUCUUGCUCUCCUAGCAUUCAUGCACAUGAAUGUAGCACAGUAUAAAUUAUAUGUCAGCAUUCUGGAAUGGAUGUCAGAAAUCAAACUUAAUUGUCAUCUCUCCUUGGGCAGGGUUGUCAAUCCCCUCAGGAGACCUGGGUUUGGAGGUAGCAUCUGUGGUCUACAGGUGUACCCCCCUCCCACGACCCCCCCUGAGCCGGCCCCCCCAGAUCGUGAGUGUGUGGAGGGCCCCCCACGCCGUUUGGUGAAGGCCACCACACUCCCCACACCCACUCUGCACUCCGCAACAUCCCGCACCUCCCUCGAUGACCUCACAUCGGACCUGAGUGGAUCGCGCGACUCCCUCACCACACGCGAUUCAGGCUGGGUGGAUGAAAGUGUAUGCUCCCGGCGGCAUGAGGACUUCUGGGGUGAAGGCUAUGGACCCCAGUCCUUUACCACCGGCCGACGUGGUAAACUCCCCCCACCCCCAACCAAGCCACGACCCAAGGCCAGCCAGACCCUCAAAACGUUCCAGACGCUGAGUGAGGCAGUAUGUCAGGUCACGAACAAGCAACCUGGCAAACUAAACCUUAAGGCCUAUAGCAACGUGACUGACGCAAUUGGCAAAAUAAACCUCAAAGAUGCGGGCCUACACUCUAAACUAACCAAAGUGGGGUCAGUGCACGCGCCCCUUGCCACCCCUGAGAAUAUGGACCUAGGCCCUGAUUACGCCGCUCAGGUUAAGGAUGCUGUGCCAGGCCUGUACUACGAGGCGGGAGACUAUGGCUAUUCCCGAGUGCAAGAAAUACCACAGGCUGUCAGCACCAAGACUCGGAGACAGCGUAGGGAGAAGGGGCGGCAAGCGUACUCGGACUCAGACUCCGAAUGGAGUUCCCUUGAGCGGCGGCGUAGUACAGAUUCCUACAAAGUCAACCGCAAAGCCGUGCCCAAGAGGAUGAAAAAGAAGCGCCUCCCGAUACCCGUAGCUGCCCCCCGUGUGCCCCCCCUUCCCUCCUUCUAUGUUGCCGAGGGAGGACCAGGCACUCGCUAUUCGGAUGAGAGGCUAUUGCUCGACCCCUGUGAGAAAGUGGUGAGUGGGUCAGCUUCGGAUGAUUCUGACGCCACAGACAGAGAGGACCCGGCUGCCGCGCGCUCCAAAUAUAAACCUCAGAAACGCUCAUUUCAAUUUAAAAAGAAGACGGGAGGCAGGGAAGGCGUGGCAGUGCGCCCCCCAGUGGUACCCCCACUGCCCCCCACACACCCACCGCCCCACCCUCCUACCUCCCACCCACGCAUGGGGCUGGCUGCCACCCCCCACCACAACCCCCUCUCGUACCCAAUGGCCGCCCAGCUUCCCCCAGACACCGACUUAUUCUCCCCCUCAUUUGCCCCAGGCAAGCUAGAGGGUGACCACAUGUACCGCGUAAUCCCUGAGGAUGACUCCAGCUUAGAGGUGUCUUCCCCAAGGGAUCAACAAUCUCCGAUCCUCCCACCUGGAGCACCCCAGCGCAAGGAGACGGACAAAACAGCGCGUCGGAAGGUAUUGGAUCAAGAGAAGUUGCGUUCGCGUGAAGAAGCAAGGCAACGUGAAGAAGAACGUAAACGUGCAAAGGAUGAAGAGAAGUUGAAGAAAGCAGCGGAGAAAGAGAAGGAAAGAGAGAAGAAGAAAGCAGCAAAGGGGUCCUCCAAGAGUGCAGCCAAGGGACCUCCUCAGCCAACCCUGGAGGACUUUGUCCAGAAUGCAGAGCGACCGGUGCCACUCUUCCUCGAGAAGUGUGUAGCAUUUAUAGAGGUUGAGGGACUAGAUUCUGAGGGAAUUUAUCGUGUUCCUGGCAACAAGGUCCAUGUGGAGCAGCUCACCACAAAGUUCAAAGAAGACAGCAACGUGAACUUCGCUGAGCUAGACAUUCCAGUAAAUGCUGCUGCUACAGCUCUGAAAGACUACCUGAAACAGUUGCCACCAUUACUGCCACAGAACCAGCUCCUUGAGCUGACCACAAUUGCUAGUACAGGCAUUGGUGACCGCAGCCUAAGACUUUUGAGGCUGAAGGAGAUGCUAACAGGCCUCCCUUCAGUCAACUUUGAGGUUUUGAAGUUCAUUUUCCAGCACUUUGUCAGAGUUGCUGAAAACUGUAAAUUGAACUCCAUGGAUAGUAAAAACCUUGCCAUCUGCUGGUGGCCAACAUUGUUACACACACUGCAGUUUACAGACAUCAGUGAAUUUGAAUCUCAGCGUCCGCACAUCGAAGAUAUAAUUCAAACUAUGAUUGACCAAUUUCCUUUCCUAUUCCAAGGAAAAGAGGAUUAUGUCAUGGUCUGAUAUUAACCAGCGUUUUCCUGGUAAACAUAACUUCAUUUGUUUACAUUCAGCUGUGCUUUGGUCUGACAAAUCAAAGUGUGGCUCUUGAUAAACAAAAAAGGUUAUGUUUAGCAUGAAAACUUGACCCUAACUCCCCGCAGCCUCUGUUGCUGCAUGUCAUUUUCCCAUGAGCCAGGAGUGGUAGUGCCACAUUUGCCUCUAUGUGGCAUUUUCUAAUCACCAUGGCUCCUUCUGGCUGCUAACUUAGACGCUAACAGCCACAACUUGAUGGGGCAAUGCUUCAUGACAACAGAAACCUGGGUACUUAUCCCACAGUGGCAAGUGUAAUGAACUGCAUGCCACUGUGGCAGUGUUAGGAGCAUUAAGUCAAUGUUGUGGCUCAGUGUUACUGUUGGCUGCCCUGAACUACAUGCCAGUUCAGAAAGUGAUCAGUAUCCUAUUAUCUAAGACACACAAGUAGUGUGUGCUGUGUAUCAUAGAAAUGACAACCAAAGAAAAUUAUCUUCCAAUUUAGUGGAAUGAUAAAUAUGAUUGUGAUUAAAUCAAGCAAACUAGAUGAAUAUUAAAAAUAAAAAACAAAAAAAAAGUGUCAAAUUGUUGUAUCAGCAAUAUUGACUGUAGAUAUAAACUUGAGUCACCUUUCCAUUAAAAUAAGUAUCUUUUACUCUGCCAGAAGAAAACCACAGAAGUUCUGUAUGCAGAUGAAGGUUAUUAUGAUCAUAGUUUACCAAAUCUGACGAAUGAAUGUCUGUAGUGAGUGUUGUGAGGCCAGCAUUGAAACAGUAUUUUCCCUCUGGGAUUUUGAGAGAGAGAGAGAGAGUGAGAGAGAGAAAGAGAAAAAAAAAAAAAACUUGUAGAACUAAAUGACGAAAGGAAUAAAAUACAUUUUAUAGUAGAAAAACUAUUUCAGGAUUUUAGUGUUAUGAUAAACUAACAUUGGAUUGUUGACAAAUGUAAAUUAAUGCAGCUUACAGACUGUUAAAUGGUGAGUACUCUUCUCAUGAGCGUAGCAUACGAGUACUUAUGGAUAGCAUAAGAGGUAGCCUAAUGCCAGGCUGGAACUCAUGAGUUACAGCCAGAGCUUUUAGUCACAGAUUAAGCUCAUGUUCCAUGUUGUGUCUCCAGUACCAGACAAAAUGCCAGUACCUAUGUGGUAUCUGACAUUCCAGCCUGUCACACAGUUAUCGAGUGCCAUCAUGUAGAUUUGAUCAUUUUCAAAAGACUUGAUUAACAGUUUAAAAUAGAAUUGUUUUUAUUGGGGUAAAGUUUAACCUGCAGCCUGGUGCUUUCUGAGCAGAGUCCAGCACAUACAAGGGAGUGAAAGUUCUUGCCCUGCCACAGUUGGUGCCACAGAGGAAGGGUUCCAUCAUGUCAGUACUUGGUAGAUGGAGCAGCAUCUUCUAAUGGCAGUGGCACGUGUUCCCUGGGAAGACAUUUCCCUCGCCGAAUUGUGUGUGGCUUCCCGGGAGGACUGUCACUCAGCACACAAUGUCUGGUGCCUCUCAGGGAGAAGUUUUGCCUCCCUGGUUAUAUCAGGUACCCCCCAGCCCCUCCCAUCUACCCUUCCCCACUUCCCCUAGAGAAAGCUAGAAUUCCAACCCCAAUCCGCUGGAAUCAUUAAGGGUAACCCGUGGAGAGUUGCACUUGUCAGGCAGUGUCAGAUGAUCCCUAAGGGAGUUGCAGUGCAGUUCAGUUUAAGGAAAGAAUUAAUCUUGCUGGUGGUGUCUGGUGCUUUUAAUUAUAUCCAGUCACCUGGCACUCUGGAGGUGCCCCCUUAGGAGCAUCAUCUCACCAAAUUACUGGCAUUGUCGUGUGAAGUGAUCCCUCCUGUGGAUUUUCCAGUCCUUCCUGGGUAAAGUCCCAGCUCCCUGGCAGUGUGCAUCACUCUCAGGACAGUGUGGGUGGAGUCCCAUAGUCACAUGUAUUUACCUGCUGUGACAGGAGCUCACAUAUCAAAUUGUUGAGUCUGGUGGCGUUAAGCAUUCCAGUGUACAGCAGUGCUGCUUCUCACUUGUGGAUCAUCAUUUAAACGUUCUCAUAACGUUAGCAUCCUGCCAAGUUAUAUCAGCAUUUGCGAGGGGAAUCACUUUGUAACCUCAUUUUCAUUGCACAAGCACAUCGAGUUGUGUCUGUGUACCUCCAGUGUUGCUACUGUAAAAGAGAUUGAUAUUUUGAUUAUUGUCUAGUGAUCUGGCUGGUCGUUAUAAUACAUUUACUCUAUUCAAAUUUAGGAAAUCAAUUUUUUUAUAUAUAUAUAUAUUUCCUGUUCUGUCCUAGGUUUUAAGUCAUUCUUAAGCAUUAGCCAUAGGUUUGUUCACAUCAUAGUUUUUAUUUCUAUGAACUCUAUAUACAAAGAUGUGUUCUCAAAUUGACCAAAAAAUGCUUUGUUUAAAUAUGUACAAUAAGUGACUCAUUGUGUGGGGUCAGUAUGAACUGACAUUAUUACCUGUAUGAAUGAUAGUGCCAUAGUGUGCGGCAAGGACAGCAAACAGUGCCAACGCCAUUGUCGACGUUCUGUCUCAUUGUCUUGCUAGUUGCUCCCUGUUCUUUAUUUUGUUACUUUGCCUUGUUUAGUGUUAGCCACGUGGCUGCCAAGUGGUACUAUGUGUGAACUUAGCGCUAUUCUGUGUCAUGCAGCGUCGAGUGGUGGCAGGAGCAAGAACAAGAUGAGACAAGGGCAAUGAUCCCCCACAAAUAUCAGCACAAAUUACAAAGAGUUUCUCCAGGAAGUAAGCUUCCAAAUUAGCUGGUGCCAGCUUCCCAGCACCACAGUUGGGUGCCAGAUGUACAGCCUAUUGCAUAAUAUCUUCCUUGCCUUGUUUUUUUGUAGUCAAGCAGAUAUAAUGAUUUCAUGUUGAAAGAAAAUUAAUAUUUAUUGUACUGAUAUAACUAAGGAAAUUCAUUUUGAAUCAGUAAUGAGGAUUUUUCUUUUUGGCAGUUUUACUGCUGAUAAGUGAUUGCUAUGUAUAGAUGUGUAUGGACUCAAGUUGUCAUUUGGGCAGUUUUGUAAAUUACAAAUUUUCCAAGAAAGUUUUUAUAUGAGUUUCAUGCAGUUCAUAAGAUCAGUGAAGGUCACUUCAUGUGGUAUGGUUUAUUACUUUUCCUUCUGUUUUAUAUUGAUUUUAUUAUAGUUUUUAUAACCUAACUACCUGCAUAUAUAUUUUUUUUAACAUGAGUGUAGGGACUGGUUAUAUUAUGUAACUUAAACAGCAAAUGCUAGUCAAUAUGCCCUGCCCACUCGACAGCAUCAUGUAAAUUUAUUAAUGUAUUGCACUACAUAUUCUUGAAUUCAUUGUAUAAAGUCUUACAGCUAUACAGACUUGUACAGCAUAUGUGACGAGUGAGAGAUUCCAUGUACAGUGGACAGUGAAAGGAGUUUUGAGGGUAGUAUACUAUAUAAUGCAUAUUUGGAUUAGUAUACUACUAACUAUGAAUAAAAGGCAUUUGCAUUUGA